AUAAGAGUAAGUUUGAGGCAGUCAGGUGUCAGUAACUUCAGAAGUGAGCUUGGAGUAGUCAACAUGUCUCUGGAUAUAGUGUUGAUCAGUAUCCUGCUGUUGAGAUCUACCAAUGGGGAGGCUCCUCCUGCAGAGACGCUGGCGAUCGUUCCCGAACUGGAUACAACCAACACAGCAGGAGUGUACAGCGCGAGCUCAGCCUACUCCAACUACCAACCAACGGCGGGUUACACAACCCCUGCAGUCAACCCCUAUCCUUCAACGCGACCCUACAGUGUGAGCUCCACCUACCUGCCUGUCAUACCUGUCUCUACCUCCUACUACACCCUGGCACGACCUCCGCCAGUCUACGGAGUGCCGUACACGGCCAGACCCUGGCCGGCCCCGUCUGCGGCCUGGGCCGUCAAUGCGGCUCAGCCGUGGCCUUCUGCGGCUCCCUGGUCGCCUGCGGCUCAGCCGUGGCCGUCUGCGACUCCUUGGUCUGCAGCUGCGGCGCCCUGGGCAUACGGGGCGCCCGGGUAUAACUACGAUAACCCGAAUCUUGUGGGAAUCAAGCCGCCGUUGUGAGUUGUCUAAGAACGUGUAAUAAGAGGCUACUAUUUUUGCAUUGAGUUGAAUUUUUGCUUGAAAUUAAUGAAUGAGGUCAUAUAAACUAAAGUUCACAUUCUCCAAAAUAAGUAUAUGAACCACAUGUUUUUAUGUUCGAUAAUCUUGAUUGAAGUAAUUUUCUUCAGCAAAAUCAUCAUUGAGAAACAGUUGUUAUUGUCCCUUUUUGUGUAGUUGAGAAGUUGAUAUUGUGGUAAUUCUUCAUAUUGAAUGAAAAAAGCAAAGAAAUUGUCAAAAAAUCACAG